AUGAAUCUAAGGCUAGAAUCGAUAACAAUCCACAACUUCAAAAGCUACAAAGGGACCCAUGUGAUCCAAGGCCUGGAUCCAAGGUUCACGGCGGUAGUUGGGGCAAAUGGCUCGGGGAAGAGCAACAUAAUAGACAGCAUUCUUUUUGUGCUUGGGUUCCGAGCCCGAAGGAUGCGUCAUUCGUCGAUGGCAGGCUUGAUCUAUAGUGGAGACGGAAACCAAGACAUGUGUUAUGUAGAGCUAGGAUUCAACAAGUUCCAAAUAAGGAGAGAGGUUUCCUUGGCAGGAAGGACUAGGUAUUUUGUGGAUGGAGAAGAGGUACCUUGUACUAUGGUGGAGUCUUUGCUCAAGAGCGAGGGUGUUGAUAUGGAGCACAAUAGGUUUUUGAUACUACAAGGAGAGAUCGAGAAUAUUGCUAUGAUCAAGCCCAUGGAUGGUGGUUUGCUGGAAUAUCUUGAGGAUGUAAUUGGGACUGGAGAAUACAAGGCAGAGAUUGAAAAGGAAGAAAGUGAGCUCCGAAGGGUCUCUGAGGAAUGUGAAAGCAAGUCGGCAGCACUGAAGUUCUAUGAGAAGGAAUACAAACAUAUUGAAAGAAAGCAGGAGGAGUGUCUGAGGACAGCCAAAAGAAGAGCUGAAUGCCUGUGUCUGGAUCGGGAUUUACAUCUUCUCUUUUCAGAAAGAGGGAAAAAGAAGCUAGAAGGGCUUCUGUUGGAAAAAAAGAAGAUUGAAGAAGAUCUUCAGGUCCUUGAAAAGAAGAAUAAAGAGAAUGGAGGCAAGCUUGAGGUACUGGAAGGGAAAGGAGCAAAUGCAAGAGUUUCGGCUCGAGAAGCCGAGGAGAGGUUUUUGAAGGCGAGAAAAGAAUACCAGAGAGCAGAAAGACGAAAUAAAAUGAUGGAAGAGGACCUGGAGAGGGAGUCAAAGCGUAUUGAGGAGUUAUCUCGUGAGAUUUCUGAAAUCAGGUGUCUGGAAGAUAAAAGGCAAAAGGAGGGGCUUAAAUGGACAGAGGAAAUUAAUCGAAAUGUGGAAGAGAUCUCUAGAUGUAGUGAAUUAAGCGAGAAGCUCCGAAGUGAAAUUGGAGAAGGACAGAGAAGGAUUGAGAAGGAGGCCAGAAAGAGUAUUGAAGAGAUUUACAGAGAAGAAGAGCGGAUGAUGAAGCUUCUCAAGAGGAAAGGAGAGAUUGGAGAGAAACAACGAGAAUCGGAAUCUCGAUUAGGAAUUCUGAUGUCGAGGAAGGAGGAGAUUUUGAGAAGGGUUGGGGACAUCGAUGGCAGGCUAUCGAAAAUGGAUGAAGGAAAAAUAGAAAUGGGAAGGUCUGAGGAGGAAAUUAGCAGGGAGAUUGAAGAGAUUGAGAGGGAUCUGGCGAAGACAAGAAAGGAAAUGAGUAGAAGAAUGCAAAGGGCUGAAGAGCACAGAGAAAACGAGGAGACAAGUUGGAAGGAGAGAGAGAUUCUAAGAAGUAUUGAGCAUGUGAAAGGAGUCUAUGGAAGGCUAAGUGAUCUUGGGUCUGUGGAGUCCCAAUAUGAUAGGGCAUUCAGGAUUGCAGGAAAGGGAUUGAACAGCAUAGUUGUUGAUACAACAUGCACUGCAGAAGAGUGUAUUUCCAUAAUAAAAAGUCUGGGACUUGGGAGAGCUACAUUUAUAAUAUUGGACAGGAUUUCCUCGGAGCCUAGCCUUCCUAAGGAGUCUGUGCCUUAUCUGUACAAUCUUGUCAAGUGCCCAAAGGAGUUCCGAAAGUGCUUUUAUUUUGCUCUGAAAGACACACUUGUAUGCGAAGGAUUGGAAGUGGCCGAGAGGCUUGCAUUUGGAAAGACAAGAAAAAGGGUUGUGACGAUUGAUGGAAAGCUUAUUGAGAAGAGUGGAGUCAUGAGUGGAGGAAAAGGGAACGGAAGGAUAAAAAGCAUUGAAGAGCUUGAGAAGGCGUGCUUGAAGAUGAUGGAGCUGAAGAAGAAGAAAGUUUCGGAGAUGGAUAUGGUUAGAGACUUGAAGGAAAGAGGAGCCCUAUGGAAGACCCGAGAAAGACUUGCUUCGGACUUAGAGGAAGUGUGCCGGGAGAUUGGGAGAGUAGAGAAGAGGAUCAAUCGAAAAGAGAUAGAGGAUAUUGAAGUAGAGAUUGAGAAGAUUAAGAAAAAAGUGUCUUCUCUCCGAGAGGGAAUUGAGAGUCUUACCGACAUGGAGACCCGUAGGAAGAAAGAAAACCUUCGAAAUCUUAACGAGAGGAUUGAGGUGUUUGAAAAGAGAAACCUUGAACUGAGACUGCAUCUUGAAAGCAGUGGAUCAGGGGAGCUUCGAGAAAAAGAGCUGGAGGUUGAAAGAAGAAAAAAAGACUUUGAAAGAAUCAGCAUCGAAGAUAUUUCAGGAAUGAAGAGCAAGAUGAUUGAAUGUGAAAGGGAAUAUAAAGAAUGUGCAGAAAGGUUGAGGGGGAUAUUGAAGGAGAUUGCAAACGUGAAAGCCUCUCUUGGAAACGACUACCAUAUGGAAAUUGACCUGAAGAACAGGUUGGAUGAUGCUUGCGAUAAGAUUGAGGAGUGGACACAGAGGAUUAAGGAGAGCGAGACAAAAAUAGCUUCUCUUGAGGAAGAAUCCAAGAAGUAUAUGAGGAUAUGCAGGCUUGAAAUCCAUAGUACAGUCAAGGUUGAGGAAAUGAACGAAGAGGAAAUUGAUCGGACAAUAGGAAGGAUCGGUGGCACGGUGGCAAGACUUAAAGGCGAAGAGAUUGGAGAGAUUGAUCUAGAUGUGUUUGAAGAUUGUGAGAGGGCAAGGGUGGAAUACGAGAAGGCAAAGGGGGAACAUGGAUGGUUUGAAUCUCGGCAGAAGGAGAUCAAGGAGUCACUUGAGUAUCUGAAAAAGAAGAGGUACGACGAGUUUAUGAAAGGAUUUACUCAAGUAUCUGAAAACCUUAAGGAGAUUUAUAAGUCGAUUACACAUGGGGGAAACGCAGAAUUGGAAUUAGUUGACCAUCUUGAUCCGUUUAGCGAGGGGGUGGUUUUGAGUGUAAUGCCACCUAAGAAGAGCUGGAAGAACAUUGGGAAUCUGAGUGGAGGGGAAAAGACACUCAGUAGCCUUGCACUUAUUUUUGCACUCCAUAAAUUCAGGCCAUCCCCGUUCUAUGUUAUGGAUGAGAUAGAUGCGGCUUUGGACUACAGAAAUGUAGGAGUGAUAUCCCACUUCAUCAAGGAGAUGUCCAGGACAGCCCAGUUUCUUGUGAUAAGUCUGCGAAGUGACAUGUUCGAGCUCAGCGAAACCCUCCUUGGAGUGUAUAAGGCAAACAAUGCUUCUCAAUCUCUGAUUGUAAACAUAGGCAAGCUUGCAGGCCAAUAA